CAGCGGCUGAUUAAAGGCGGUGGGGGCAGGGAUCAAAGGCGCCGCGCCUCUGAGUCUGUGUCUGUGUGGAGCCGCACAGAGCGGAGGAACAUCAGCUGUCUCAAACAGAAACAGGCGCAAAAAUGGCUGCUGGAAGCUCUCUGGAAGCCGUCAAGAAGAAAAUCAAGUCUCUGCAGGAGCAGGCCGACGCUGCGGAGGAGCGGGCGUCGUUCCUUCAGAGGGAGCUGAACGCGGAGAGACGCGCCAAGGAAGCAGCUGAGGGUGAUGUAGCGUCCCUGAACAGACGUAUCCAAUUGGCUGAGGAGGAGUUGGACCGUGCUCAGGAGCGUUUGUCCUCAGCUCUGUCCAAACUGGAGGAGGCGGAGAAGGCUGCAGACGAGAGUGAGAGAGGUAUGAAGGUCAUUGAGAACAGAGCAAUGAAGGAUGAGGAGAAGAUGGAGCUUCAGGAGAUCCAAUUGAAAGAGGCCAAACACAUUGCUGAGGAGGCAGAUCGCAAAUAUGAGGAGGUGGCCCGUAAGCUGGUGAUCACUGAGAGUGACUUGGAACGCACAGAAGAACGUGCUGAGCGGUCUGAAAGCAAAUGUUCUGAGCUCGAGGAGGAAUUGAAGACUGUGCAGAACAACCGGAAGUCUCUGGAAGCUCAGGCAGAGAAGUACUCUCAAAAGGAGGACAAGUAUGAGGAGGAGAUUAAGGUUCUUCUAGACAAACUGAAGGAGGCUGAAACUCGUGCAGAGUUUGCAGAGAGGACAGUCGCCAAGCUUGAGAAGACAAUUGAUGAACUUGAAGAUAAACUGUCUCGUGCAAAGGAAGAACACCUGAGAGUAAAGCAGAUUCUGGAUCAGACUCUAAUGGAGAUGUGUAACAUUUGAUCAUCUCUGUUCCUGUGCUCACAUCUGCACUGAACAUGACUGACUCCUGUGCACAGCUGUGACCGGUAACGCCAAGCGUCGUUUGUCCGUCUCUUCUGACUUUGCCACCCUGAAGGAAGUUCUUCAAAAGGUAGCAUGGACAUUCUUGGUGUCCUACUUGUAGUCAGUUAACAUUGUAAUUAAUCAGGUCAGUAGAAAUUCACUGUAAAUCUUUAUUUGCUUUGUGUAUUGGGGAAAUUCACUUUCUCAGCAAAGAACUGCACAUAAUCAUUGUAAACAAAGCCAUAUGUUAAGUCAGUGUCAUGUAAAGUGUUUUAUUAUGUAUAGCUUUAUAAGUCUCUUUGUCUCUUAUGUAUUGUGAACAUUUAUUCAUUGAUGGCCAUGAUGCACACUUCCAAUUUAGCAAGGAAGAAAUUCUUGGCACAUUUGCUUGAAUGUCGUGUUCUGCGUCAUCAUCUUAAAGGAAAGAAGCGUGCACUAUACUCGCUUUUGUUUUGCAUUCACCCAAAAUAUUUGUUUGUAUCCCAUUUUAUCAUGAAAAUGUAAAGAUCCAAAAUAAAUGUUUGAAUGUU